AUAUCAUAUAAUUUUAUAUUCUGCAAAAAUUAUCAACCUAAAUGAAUAAAAUAUAGAAAUAUCCAAACCAAAAAAUCGUGGGCGAAAGAAAGGGAAAAUUCAUCUUUUCACAGGGAAGAAGUAGCCCAAUCCAUUCUAUGACACCAUGGCAUGCUUGUCGUCAAUAUCAGGAGGGCACUGUCUAAAGCUAAAUUCAAUUAAACUAAAAUUGGGUUUAAAACAACGGAUUCCAGGGAAUCUGAAUGUCAGGCACCAUCAUUCUUAUUUGCAUUCCAAUUUGAAAUUUCUUACAGGGAGGACAAACUCAGUUGCGUGUGCGUACAAUCUUGAUCCUCCCCCCAUCGACAAUGAUUUGCACGCUAUAAUGGUGGAUAUGGGUGCAAAGUUUUCAGAUGGUGGCAUCGUGGAAACUUUUGGAAAUGAUGAGGUUGCUUUGAAGGCUGUGGAGGAUGGCAUUGUGGUUGUAGAUUUAUCUCAUUUUGGCAGAAUUAGAGUCAGUGGAGAUGACCGAGUUCAAUUUAUGCAUAACCAGAGCACUGCAGAUUUCCACUCUUUGAAAGAAGGACAGGGAUGUGACACUGUUUUUGUUACACCAACAGCUCGCACCAUUGAUCUUGCCAAUGUUUGGGUUAUGAAGAAUGCGAUCACACUUUUGGUGUCACCAACAACUCAUGAAAACAUUGUAGCAAUGCUUAACAAGUACAUAUUUUUUGCUGAUAAGGUUGAAGUUCAAGAUAUUACCAGCAAGACUUGCUUCUUUUCUAUCAUGGGUCCAAGGAGUGAUCAACUGAUGGAAUACUUGAAUAUUGAGGAUAUUGUCGGGAAACCUUAUGGCACCCAUUUACAUUAUAAUGUGGAAGGAACUCCUGUAACCGUGGGUGUUGGGAGUGUUAUGUCAGAGAGAGGCUACUCAUUAUUGCUUUCACCAUUAGCAGCUGGUUUGAUUUGGGAAUCACUUGUGAAGUUUGGUGCAAUUCCCAUGGGGAUGCUUGGCUGGGAACAAUUGAGAGUUCUUCUAGGAAGACCUGCUGCCGGUAAGGAGCUUACAGAUGAAUUCAAUGUACUUGAAGCUGGUUUGUGGAAAACCAUUUCUUUGACAAAAGGGUGUUAUAUAGGGCAAGAGACAAUUGCAAGGCUCAUCACAUAUGAUGGUGUCAAGCAGAACUUGUGGGGUAUUCAUUUAGAUGGUCCUGCAACUUUGGGGAGCAUUAUCACAGUGGAUGGCACAAAGGUUGGGAAGCUCACAAGCUAUGCCCUUGGAAGUGGUGGUCUGAAACACGUUGGUCUCGGUUAUGUGAAGAGAAAAUUUGGUUUCCUGGGACAAGAAGUAGAGAUAGGAAAUGCCAGGGGAGUAUUGGUAGAUAUUCCUUUCAUAUCUCACUCACUUUCAAAUCAAAAGGAAUUGGCUAAAACAUAAAAGGGAGUAAAUUGAAACCUAUAUGUCACUAUUCAUCAUCUCAAUUACCAUUAGGAUUUAAGUGUUUGCUACUUUGUAUAUUAGUUAUUCGAAGGUGAUAAAAUGUAUCUGCAGGGAAAUCUCCUAGUCUCUUGUAUAUUGUUCUAUGGUUUGCAAGGAUUAGAUUUCUAAGAAUAAAAAAUGAUAACCUUGUAUUUAAAUUUUGUCUUCUGCCCUAUUAAUUAAGGUGCUACUGUGUAUGCUGUGACUAUAUGUCUCCAAUCAUGUAGCUAAUUGUGUGAAGCAAAACAGCUAUUACCUACUGGACCAUGCUUUGAUGAGUAAAAAAAUUUAAGAAGUUCCAUCAUCAUUGUAGGGUACUUAAUAAUCAUGAUUUCAAUAUUCAGAAUAUAUUUAAUUCCUUUCUACUUUUGUGAAA